ACGGGUCUUUGUUUACCUGUUUUGAGCGGGAGUACUUGACGCAUGCACGUGUGCAGCCUCAAAAUCUCUUUUAGAGGUGUUGCUUUUUUUUACCAUUAUUGUUCGACAUUCAACAUUGUACUUGGAAAUUUUGAAUACAAUUAUGAUGGCAUUUUCUAAACAUAUGUGCAAGUAUUAGUGUAUUAGUGUAAGUUAGAAAACUUCACUGAGAAACUAUUGCACCAAGAAUCCAUUUGGAGGGAUAGAAUCUUUUGCUGCCACAAAAUUAGAUUCACUGUAUAAAAUGAUAGUAAUGCAGCAACCUUUACAAGCUUUGACCCAUCAGAUUUUUCAGACCUUGUUUAUAAAACAGCGCAACUAAAACAUCAUCAGAAACAAGAAACAACCAUUCCACGGCCCUUGCAUCCAUUUACGAUUCAUUUAGCAUUAAUAUGCCGCAAGAAGAGUUGAAAACAGCAUGCGAAAAAGCAUAUAACAUAAAAACGAAUAUACUCAUCAACAAUACAAUAACCCUGAAAACGCACAAGGAAACGGUCGUCUGAUCCUUCAUGGAUGAUAGACAGGGCUGGUAGAAUAACAGCCUGGGUCGCCAAGGGGUGCUAUACAAGAAACAGCGAGUCCUUUCUUCACAAAAUUUUGAAGUAUUCACAAAUAAAAAAGAAUAAAUAUACAUUAUAUGGCACAAACUUGGAGAAAGAAGCACGUUCAUUUUCAUUGAAAAUAAAAAAUGACUACAUCAGAAUGAUGCCAAAAUCCUACAAAAAUUAAAAAAGUGGGCCUUUUUGUCAAUAUUGAUCUUGGUGCUCUUUUUCUCUGGUGGUUUAUGUCUGUUAAGAAGACCAGUUCCAGAGAAGCUUAAUGAAUGCAGUCAAUCUCUUGGAUUGUAUAAUGGUGCGAUCAAAGAUGGUGAUCUAUCAGCAAGUGUGUACUAUGUGAAUAAUGAUUUACCAAUGUGUGGAGGUAUACAUAGUGGUCGCUUAAGUAGUCUAUAUUGGUGCACCUACCGUUCCUCAUACCCAUUGUAUUAUGCAGUUGAUUUCAACUUUCCAACUGUUGUUACUGGUUUUCGGAUAGUGGUGACUGAGUAUGGUGUCAAAGGAAUGUACUUGGCUUAUACAUCUGGUGAUAAUAAUAGAGAUGAAUUUCAAUUUGUGGUAGAAAAAGAAUUUCCUGAAAAAUCCCCAACCUUUUUCCUAUUAACAUCAGCUGUCACAUACUGGUUUAAGGCUUUUAAAGCACGAGUAGUUAGAAUAUAUGCAACUACAGAUCUUGAUCAACAGCUGGACAAUGACAAUUAUCAUCUUUGGUCUGCAUUAAAAUUCGAGUUCUUUGGUUGUCCAUAUUGGGACUAUGCUAGGCCUCUUGGAAUGUCAAGUAGAAUGAUCAGUGAUUCUAAAAUAACAUCUUUUAAUUUCGAAAAUGAGGUGUCAAAUCCGCUCAAUGCAAGAUUGGGCCUAAAAGAACGAUACUGGAGGCAGUUUGGUACAGUACCAGUCCAGACUACAUUAGAUUCAAAUAGAUUUUGGCUUCAAAUAGUUUUGCCAGACUUAAAAAAAUUGGUUUAUAUAGUGGUACAAUCAAAUCGUUUUGAUGAAGAGAGCCACCACUAUUGGUUAAAAUAUGGGUUGGAUCAAGUUUCGUUGUCAGCGUAUGAGAAAAACGGAGCAGCCUAUAAAAUCGAGCCACCAAAUACACCUGGCUACCAAAAUACAAGCCAUAUCUUUGAGUACCCUUUAAUAGCAAAAGUAAUCCGAUAUAUUCCAUGCGUAAACACCGCUUCUAAUUCUCCAAAUGCAAGAUUAGAACUUUAUGGAGUGAAUGUUUUGACACCUGACAAUAAUUGGAAAUUGGCACCCCCUUAUGAAUUUCUCGAUCAUACACAAUUUCAAGACCUGCGUAGUUCAAAAAAAAUUGAAGCAGGAGAUUACUAUGCAUCUGUUAGAUCAGGUGUAGGUGAUCUACUUCGGACUGAAGAAAUGGGGAGUCCCGAUUGUCUCAUUAAUCCAAGCAACUGUCAUGAUGGAUUAUCGCUUGCAUUCUAUACGAAUGGAGAUGUUAAGAUGUCGGGUCAUGGUGACAGUAUUCCAGUUUUUGCUAUAACACAAAAGAGAGGCAAUAUUUGUAACAUUAUUGAAUUGGCUGAUAUAUAUUAUAACAUGCCACUUGGUUUAUAUAUCAGUAAAUUUGAUGUACAAAGAUAUGAUAAAAUACAUCCGAAGAUCAUAGUAGAAAACAGCAACAACUUAUUAAAUAUGCAAUUUCAAGCAUAUGUAUAUAUAAACCAAGAACCUACUUUUGUGUCAGAGUGCAAAUAUGUGGAUACUGCAUUGCAUCCUAUACAUGUUGCAACCGUUUCCUUUCAUGAUCAAACAUUUGAUGUUGGUAAUCUUUUAAAUAAUAUUGUGCAAUCUGUUGUGUGGACAAUGGGAAGUUCUUUGUCAAUUAUAUUAGAACAACUGACAAAUUUCAAUACUUUUAUCAAAAGACGUUCCACUGUAUUACUCUCGCCUCAGGUUUUUUCAGAAUGUGCUUACCAUGAGAGCAACAUCAUCUCACAACUGCCAAAUGAUAAAAUGUCAUUGGGGAACCCAGCCUCAUGUUCACACAAUGCAUAUCAGAUAAAAAUGUCUGAUCCUAUUGGUUUUUCAACAUGUAGUGGGGUUAAUACAUAUGUUGGAAUCAAUCUUCUCAAAACAUACAAAAUAAUAGCUUUCAAAAUUGCAAGUCUGGCAAAUAUCAAUGUUAUAAAUAGAAAUAUGAUGACAAAAUUUCAAAUUGAAUAUGCAUAUGACUCCCGUGGUCCAUGGAAAUUUGUGAAUAAUGGGGAUGAGAAAUAUGUGUUUGAGAGAAAGCAGAUUGUCCAUCAGAAAGUAGAAGUCAUGCCAUUGCCUUUCCCUGUUUACGCGAGAUUUAUCAGAAUACACCCUGUGCCAAAUGCUUACACUGGAGAUGCUAAUGGCUUUCGAUUUGAUAUUAUAACUUGUGGAACACCCCCUGCAAAAUCGCCAACAUGGAUAAAAUUAAAUUCUAAGCCUGUGUGCUUCGGGGCGAGAAAUGGUACUUUUGGGACAUUCAACGUUACAACUGAUGCUGAUGUUUCUUUUUUUAAAUUAUCCUAUUUGAGUGGUGGCGUUAAAUGCACCCCUGAUGGUACUUUAUCAAAUUGGGGUUGUGAUCCCUCCUUGAUUGGAGUUGUACUAACAGAUGAAGAGAAAAAUAUUAUUGCACCUCCAGAAGCAAUUGGUAAAAAAUUCUAUGAGUUGCUGACAUUCAAUAGCAAAUCACCUGAAAUUCAUUUGUCUUUAUUUGGACCACAGUUUUUGAGACAGGGAGAAAAAUUAUCAUUGUACCAUGCAUCAGAUUUUUGGAAUUCUGAAGUUGAGGACAAUUCAGAAACUACUUGUACUGAUAUUUACGGAUGGGGCAAGACAGUCCCGCAUCAUGGCUUAAUUGUCUCCCAUCAUCUUUGUGUAAUGGUUGAUAUUAACAACCAUUUCAAACUCUCAUCCAGUUGUGAAGAUUUGUUUUUCGUAACACUCAAAAGACAUCUUGUGCAUGCAAAUACGGGAAAAUGUGUAGCCGUAAAUUGUACAACCGAACCCUGUAAAUUGCAGUUGUCUGAUGUGUGCAAUAAUCAUACCAAAUUUGAAGUUAAUGUGAAUAAUGGUGCUGUGAAGCACACCCAAACUGGCUAUAAUCUUGUUUCUGAUGGCGUUGAAAUGUCUAACAUUGCACUUUCAGCUGUGUUGAAUCACCUAAAGAUAUUACGAUUUACAGACGCUUUAUACCUUAAACAUACAACUUAUUAUGAUAAUGAUUUUGUUGUGUCAAAAGCUGUUGUUAGCAGAAAAGUGGCAGAACAUGGAUGUAAAAACCUUAAUCUUGACAUGAUAAGCUUGAGAAACCUAUUGGAAAUGGAAAUUAUUUUUAAAUUUCUUCAGAAGCAUUCGAUAACAGACAAUGUUUUUCAUGUUGGAGUGUCUAAACGAGACAAUAAAGGGCUUACAUGGCUAGAUGGUUCUCCAUUUAAUAAAGUAGAAUUUGAUACUGUACCAAAGGUGUUUACUGAAUUGGGAUGUGUUGUGUGGAUUAGUGGACGACUUGAAAUUUCUACUACAUGCAACCCUGCGAGAUACAUAUGUAGAAAACGGACAAACCUUGAUAGUGAUAUGUCACCUAAAAUUCCAAUCAUAUCAUCCGGCUUACAUUCAGUUGAAGGCUAUCUGAUUGGUAAAGGAUUUCAUGUUUCUGCCAGCAAAAUCAAUUCUGAAAUCAUAAUGUCAGCGGGUCUGAAAAGCACAGACGUAUCCUGCGAAGCAAGCUUUAAAAUUACCUCUGGUUGGAAACUUUAUGGUAUGACAUGGGUGAGAAAAGAAAAACAACUAAAAAUUUUUGUAAAUGGAGAACACAUAGCAACUGGAUCCUGCAUUGCUUUCUCACAACUUAGCAAUACUGCAUUACCUAUUGUAAUACAUUCAAUGUUUAAUUUUGUUAAUCUGGUGGGUUUUUAUGACCACUUGUAUGGAUACCUACAAAUGAAACUUUCAGAUGUACAGUUGUGGCGACAUGUGCUAAAAGAUUCCGAUUUUGUUGAACUUUUCUCAAAAGACGAGAUCACAUUUUCAGAACAUUACUCAGAAAAUAAAAAAAAUGCAGGUUAUCAAAUAAUAAAUUCAGCUUGCUUUCACGGUACAAACACAACUGCGCCAUGCCAAGAUGUGGACAUGUUACUACAACCUGUUGAAGAUAUUGUAUGUGAUUGGAUCAGUGGUGCUCCAAUAGCUACAACGUUUUCUCAAUAUGAUACAGUCCCUGGUGAAAAUCACUGUGUGUACAAGUGCAGCACUGAAAGUGAAAAAAAUCACAGCAUAAAUGGUGUCUUAUAUAUGAAUAAUACUUGCUAUUGUGUCUUUGAUAUGUAUGACGUUGAUGAAAAGAUUCAAAGACAAAAGUCAUGUUUCCUGCCAACCAAAGUUCGUUUUGGUGCACAAACUACUGCGAGCGGUCUUUUAUAUAUUAGAAUACACCCUAUUAACAAAAUGUGGUACGCUUUUAACAAUUGGCGUAAUAGAAUAUAUCGACACCCUGCAAGACCAUCACGGCAUGCAAAAAUUUGGGAACAUGCUAUUUCUCUUAACACUCAAAUACAUUCCUUUAAAUUUAUUGAUAAGGAUGUUUGGAUUGUUAAGGAUCAGAAUCUUUUCCUUUGGAAAGAUGAAAUACUUGUGAAGAAAGCAGAUGGAAUUAAAGAUUUUACAGUCUGUGAUAAUUUUACAUUUAUAAUUGAUAAUGCUGAAGAUAUCUUUGUACAAAAUGGUGAUGUCUUGACUGCAAUCCGUUAUGGCAACUUCAAGUUUAUUGAAUGUGAUGUAUACAAUAAACGUGUAAUAGCUUAUAGUGAAGACAGGCAAAUGAUAUAUUUUUCCACAACAAACCACGCUAUUCUUUUAGACUUACCACGAGUGCCUAGCACAAUAAUUCAACUUGUGGUGUCAAAAUAUGGUAUUAUCUACGUAAUGACUGACAAUUUUCAAGUUUUCAUGCACGUUGAAGGUAGAUAUAAGAAAGUGGGACCAAAAACAAUACUUUUUGAUAAAUAUUUUAAUAUUGACAUCGUUGACGAUGAGUACAUUAUAGGUUUAGCUAGUGAUGGCAGAGUGCAUCAAUAUCCAAUCCUACAAGUCUCUGUACCAGGACUAUCUCAUUAUUCUAUACAAGAUCAUGCAGCUUCAGAAAAAACGUGUGCAAAGUUUUUAUCUGAAUUACCUAAAUUCAAUAAUGAAUAUGAAUUUGAACUUCUCAUGGCAUCCGCUAUGCAUUGGGUUACUGCAACGUACGUUGGUUUAAAGAAAGUCGGAAAUAUUUUUAAUUGGUUUGAUGGAAAGGCUCCAACAUAUUUGCCAUGGUGUGAGAAUGACCCAAAGACCGAAAACUGUGCUGGGGUUUAUCCUCCAAGGUUCUGUGUCUCUACAUAUACAUGUUCAAAUAAUGCUCCACUUAUAUGUAAAGAAGAAGAAUCUUAUCUAAAUUCUGGUGGAAUACAACCAACAGCUAAAUUUAUAAUAAGGAAAUCUCAGCUGUCACAAGGAGAGAGUUGUGAAAUUUUUUCACAGUUUAAUAAACUAAUUCAUUUCACACCAAAUUCAUACAGACAUUUUAUGCUGACAUUUAAUGUGAACAUAGAAAAGGAAGUAGUGAUCUCAAGAGCUUUUGUGGAUUUUGUUUUUAAUGACCCAAUAGUUCCACCGUCACCAAUCAAAUACUCCAUUAUACCGUUAAAAGAAGUCCCUACAAGUUGUGGAAACCUUACCAAAUAUUUUGAGUUUAUUAAGCCUGUCAUUUGGGAGUUUACUGAGUUGAACAGAGAAAUGGAAUCUCCUGACAUAUCCACUUUGAUCCAACACGCAGUGAAUGGAGACUGGUUUUAUGGAAAAGAACUUAAAUUAAUAUUUUUUUUGGAGGAAGCGUACAAUCUUUUCAAUUUUGAGUCAUCUUUACACAACUCUGCUUUGAGAAUUUAUUAUAAAAACCAAAAACCAAAUAAUUUUCUGUAUUUUCAAGCUGAACUGAUGGAGUAUUAUGAUACAUUUUCCAAUGUUUACAGAACGUCGUAUAACACCUUGUCUUUCUGGUCUCAUAUGUAUGGAGAAAAUGCAGGAACACUUUUUGUAUGGAUAAUUAAUGCUGCACAUGAAACUCCACAGAUUAUUUACCAAUCAAAUGUUAAUCAAAACCAGUGGCAAGAAAUACAUGUAAUUUUGCCAAAUGUACCAAGUUCAGUAUAUAAAAUUGAAUUUCAUGUCUUGUACAACAAACAUACAAGCGGCCAUGUUGCUAUUGAUCGAAUUAAACUAUACAACUCAUCUGUGGUUGAGCCGUCUAAUUUUGUUUCAUCUUACAAUUCCUCAGAUAUGGCAUCGUACAGAUCAAUAAUAAAGAAGUUAGGUUAUCCUUUACCUAAAUAUCUUUUUCCUUUUGCGACAAAAGAACAUUAUUUAAAAGAUUAUGGUCCUUUCCGAAUGGCUAAUCAAGAAGCUGAACAACAACAAAGUUUAACCUACCUUUUUGGAACAGAUAAAUAUGGCUUUUCUUCGCAUGGAAUUGGAAAACCAUCCAAGACAAAUGUCCCUCUUCUUAGAACCUUAAUAUUUGACAUGAACUUGACUGUUUUGUUUCAUUUGAAGCCAGUGGCAUUAAAUAAAACACAAUACAUUUUUAAUUUGGGACGUGAUUUCUCAAAAUAUUUUUCUAUUUGUCUCCUUGGGCAUAAAAUGGGACUAAGGUUAAGAUUUGACCGAGAUGCACCACCUAAUAUUUAUUAUUACCAAGAACCAACUAAAAAAAAUGACUGGACGUAUUAUGCCAUCACAUUCUCAGAAGAUAGAAUCAUGUUUUACUACAAUAAUACACUUGACUCUGAGUUUAACAUUCAGGAAAAAAAUAUUUCUACCUUACCACCACAAGCGUCGUUUGGUAGUUGGCCAAAGUCAGAAGUUUUUGCUUCGAGAUUUUACUCUGGGUACAUGUCCUGUUUUUGUUUAUAUGACAAAGUGUUAAAACCUUUUCAAAUUGAAGCAUUGGAGUUCUGUCCAAACCGACAAGAUUUGAGUUACCACAAUCACACUUGUAAGAAUGGUUUAAGUGUCGCCUUUGGUGAUAGAAAAUGUGCAUGUUUUGAUUCUAAUCUCCGACAUCAAACUUCGAGUUGUGAAAAUGCUUUUACACAAACUGUUUAUCAGACUGCAAGUGUAUAUAUCCCGUUUGAUUAUGAAAAUGCAAUUAAAUGUGAAAAAGGCAAAUUCAGACUGACCUAUCAAAGUAGUAAUAAUGUACACUUAAAACCAGGACCAGUGGAUUAUGCAGCUUGUGUAAAUGAUCAUUUUUCCAAGAUUGGUUCAAUGUCAAUUAGAUGCACCAAAAACAUUUUUAAUUGCAUCCGGUUCAUUGGGUUUUGGUUUUAUUUUCCACAACGGCUAUACUGGUCUGCGCCGAUCAAGGUUUUUCAAUUUGCCAACAUUGUGAUUUAUGUAAACACUCUAUCAAACAAAACAACAAUUGAUGUUCAAUGGAACGGUGAAACAUGUGCUAAUACAGACCUACCAUUAAACUCAUGGAUUUAUAUAAGUAUUAGACUAGAAGAAGAUAAAUUGGGUUUUUACUUAAAUACUAAAAAAAUCGAUAUUACUGGAAAAUGCAAGUAUCCAUUUGGAAAUAAUAUUGGUUUACUGGAAUUAUCAAUUGGAUCAUAUGUCUGUAUCGAUGAAUUUUCUAUUUUUAAAUUAUUGAAUACUCCUGCCAAAAAUUUUUACAAACAUUUGAUAUUUGAUGCAGAAUACAUAAAUAGUGCCGUUAUCACCCUUGAUAUUACAUCUAGUGAUUUUAUGAGCUUUACGAAGGCGGAUGAGAAAUUUACAAAACAAUCUAUUAUGCUGAUGGUGAAAGAAUUUUUCAAGCAAUUUCGAGAUGAAAAAACAAGAUACAUCAGUUCCAAACCGCUGGAAAUAACUUUCAAUGAUACUGUGAUGCACGUGCCAGUUUUGGUAAAAUUGUCCUAUCUGAGUUAUGCAAUUGAGAAUGAAUUUUAUAAUCAGCCAACACAAGAACAUACAUUUGAAAGCAGAAAAUAUUUUCUGAAUUGGAACAAAACUUCUUCAAAUAUUGCAAUUCCAUUAGAAACAUCUUUUACACCAGUGGUAAUCAACUCGACAUCAAUAGUUUUGAAAAUUCCAACUCUUGAUGAAGAAGACAAAAGAUACCACUAUAUGUUCACAGUUGUUUUGUAUGAAAAUACAAGUGUGGCGUCACAGGUUGCGGAAACAGUUAAACACAAAUACAACUUUGAGACUGGUGUUUUAACACUACUUAUAAACAAUCUUACUGCAUUCAGAAGUUAUGAGAUCAUUUUAUGGACACGCACUCAUCAGGGUUAUAGUAAACGAGCAGUUGAAUCUAUACUUACACCUGCAGAUGUUAAUUUCAUCCCACCACAAGAUGUUGAAGCAUUCAACACCAGUCAUACCUCAAUAAAAGUUAAAUGGUCACUAUAUGACAAUGUAAAGCAUUGGAACAGCGAGAAUAUGACAAUCAGAAUAUAUUGGAAAAAAGUUGAUUUCGCUUUUAACACCACACAAAACAACUUGUCGUCAUACAAUUAUACAGAUAUGCACUCAACGUUAAAAGAUUUCAUCGACUUUAACUAUGGAGAUGAUGUUAUAACCUCAUAUGAAAUAACAGGUUUAGAGGCUUUUACUAAUUAUAGCAUUUUGGUUGCAACAGUAAACGAUGUUGGAGUUGGUGCUUUUGCUAGUAUCUACUGUAGAUCCGGCCAGUGGUUACCUGAAAGCCUAUAUAAUAUAUCUGCUGCUCAUACGGCGAAAGAUGUUAUAACAAUGCAAUGGAAAUACCCUGACAAUAUCGAAGUUUUUAAUUCAUGGAUAUUAGAUGGUUUCAACAUCACUCUCUAUCCAACAUUAAAUACUCUGGAGAAUAUCACAAUGUCACUUUCCAGUAGUGAAAGAUCAAAGAAUUUAAGCCUGGGUUAUUUUAAAAGAUACAGAGCGGUUAUCUUCCCGUAUAACAUAGUUGGAAUGGGGCCACCGGUGGACAUAUGUUUUGCAACACCAAAAGGAGUUCCAUCUUCUGCACCAGAAACACUUGAGUUGGUUAAUGCCACGCAUCUUUUACUGAAUAUCAAGUUUGGUAAUGUAUCAACACAAAAUGAAAAUGGUGUCAUCCUGUAUUAUCAUAUCAGAUAUAAAUCAUUGGAUUGGCUUGAUAACACACACAAUAGGUGGACCACAAACUUGACUCAUACGAAAGAAGAUAUACAAAUGUGGAAAAAUAUGUCCAAUUUUAUUGUCCCUUGCAGUACGCUUUCAAGGGUUGAUCCUCAGUCAUCGCAGGUUAGAAAUUAUACCAUCCAAAAUUUACAUCCACAUACUCGCUAUGAAGUGAGCGUUGCUGCAUGCACGGAAGUUAAUUGUAGCAGUCACUUUUUUACGAAAACAUUUUUGACAGCCGAGACAUACCCCUCAUGUGCACCUAACCUUACAAUGUGGAAUACCUCUUCGUCUUCUCUGUUUGUUACAAUCGAUCCACUUGGACAUUUUUGUAUGAAUGGUAUUUUAAAGUUUUAUCAUUUCGUUUUACUGGAGAGUGAGUUGUAUGGAGAGAUUUAUAAUUUAUCACUAAAUGAUAUUCUAAAAGAAAAUGUUGAAAAUUUGACUGUGAAUACGCAUACUGCAACAGGAUUAAAGAAAUAUUGGAAUUACACUGCUGUUGUGUAUGUUGAGAACAGUAUUGGUAAUGGGCCACACAGUUUUAAAUGGGCUGUGACUGCUCAAGAUGCUCCUGAUGGCCCACCUACGAACAUAUCUGGAUAUGCAAACAGUAGCAGCUCAAUCAUCUUGAAUGUAACUUUGCCUAAACGUGAACAUAGAAAUGGCAUUAUCCGAGGCUACAAGGUUCUAUUGUACAAUCUGCAGAACUUUAAAGCACUGGAGUUUGCGUAUAACAUAACAGAUGAAAUAUCAAACGUGUUUUCGUUUGAAGGACUUGCUAAAUACACAGACUAUGAAGUUAAGGUUAAAGCAUUCACUGUAAUUGGAAAUGGGCCAUACUCUUCUCCUUUUAACAUUAGAACCUUUGAAGACGUUCCCAGCCUUGCAGCAGUAAAUUUUACCAUAGUGUCAGUCACUGAAAGUAGUGUGAAUGUUAUGUGGGAGGAUAUACCGGAUGACUUUCUUCAUGGCGUGUAUGUCUCUUCAAAAUUGGAACUAACUGGGGUUUUAGCAAAUGGUACAACACAUGCUGAAUCAAAGAAUGUUACUCCAAAUGCUUUUAUUUAUCCACACCGGACUCAAUUUGCCGGUUUAUUCCCAUACACUAGUUACAAUAUUUCCAUUCAAGGAUGCACAAGGGUGGGUUGCGGAGUGAAAAAUUUCUCUUAUUUUGAAACUGAGGAAAUGGGUCCAAUUGGUGUGGUACAGAACCUUCAAGAUCAAAAGAAAAACAUAACAGAAAGCUUGCAUUUUAAUUGGUCAGAUAUUCGUCCGAUGGAAAAGCGAGGGCGUAUCACAUAUUUUAAUAUCUCGUUAUACAAAUUUCUAAAGCCUUGGGCGAGUAUUAGUAACGAAGCAAUAUCAUUUCUUGUACCUGCUAAUCAAUUCAACGCAUCAGUUUACAACUUGGAUAAUUUUACUUCUUAUAAGGUGAUGGUUUUUGCAAUGAACAAAAGAGGACAUGGUCCAGUUGCUUUCAUCGAAUUACUAACACCAGAGAAUGUUCCAUUAUAUUCUCCACAAAUAACAUUUGCAAAUAACAUUAGCAGUUCAGGAAUAAAUGUGAAAUUUACGAAACUACCUCAAUCAUCGUGGCAAGGUGAACUAUUAGGUUACCAUGUUUAUUACCAACAUGCAGAUGAACCUACCAAUUGCACUGCUGGACAAAUAUGUAAGAAGAUGGAGUUUAAAGAUUGCAUUGGUAAUGAUAUAAAUACUUGUGAUGUUACAGAACUCGAUCUGCAUACAAACUACAGUGUAUGCAUUGCUGGUUACACGAGUGCUGGAGCAGGACCAAUGAGUGAAUGUGUUUAUGUAGUUACUGAUACGUUUGUUAAUGGUAAUUGGACAGAAUGGAGUGAAUGGGGAAACUGUGAUAGGAGCUGUGCAAAUGGUACUGAAGCGAGGUUACGAUUUUGUAUUAACCCAAUACCAGCAAGAGGUGGAGCCAAUUGUUCUGGCUUAGAUGUUGAAAGAAGACCAUGCAAUGAUUUUCCUUGUCCAGGUUAUUACCUUGCCAAACCACUAACUGAUUGUACACAAACAUGCAACAAUCUUGGAAAUGCAUUUGGUUGCUCAAAUGUAAUUGAUACAAUUAAUACAACACAUGUUUUCGAGACGUCUAUCAAUGGAUAUGAUUAUACUGAUGUACAGGGUGUAGUUUGUUCGUCUGAUGAUUCGCAGAAAACGUAUUCGAUGGAACAUCAUCCUUCUUUCUCUGUCAAUGGGAAUAUUUGCUCUGGAUAUGCACAUGUUCCUCGAAGAAUUAAAUGUUCUAUUGAUGACACGUUAAGUGAAGAGUAUCGGCGAUUGUGUUACUGUAUAGACAAAGAAUCUUUGGGCUAUACUGAAUGGGGUAUAUGGAGUCCUUGUUCAAAGACAUGUGGUUCAGGUUUAUCAAGGAGGCUUCGGAUUUGUCGUCUGGAAAGUGGUUGCAACAAAACUGAGGAUCUUAAUGAUUGUAACACACAGCUAUGUCCGAUUGAUGGCGCCUGGGGUGGAUGGUCAGAAUAUAGUGGAUGUACAAAAUCAUGUGGCAUUGGUAAGAUAAAAAGAACAAGACAAUGCAAUUCUCCGACACCUUUACAUGGCGGUGCUCCAUGUGUAGGAACUGAUGUACAAGAGAUUAUCGGUUGCAACCCUGAUCCCUGUCCACAAAAUGGAAGUUGGAGUGAUUGGUCUUCGUUAGAAUUGUGCUCACAACCAUGUGGUGUUGGUGGUACGAAGCUUCAAAGACGAUAUUGUAACAAUCCAGCACCUUCCUAUGGUGGGGCUUUAUGUAGUGGUCCAAAUCAAAACAAUGUUUCAUGCAACGAGGAUGUCGUUUGUAGAGAAGUUGGAGUGAACUAUCUUGUAAGGUUGACUAAUGAAACCUGGCAUUAUACCAUGCACUAUGCAACUUCGGAGAUGGGAAGGAACCUGCAUAACAAGCUAAAAAGAGAAGUGCUGAAAUUUAUGGAAAAAAGUAGAAUUGGUGCAUCAGUAAUUGAUAGGGUCGAAGUUACUCAGUUAAGCCGUGGUAGUGUCAUUGCAAAUUUUACCGUUUUCUAUUUUGGCAAUCCAUUUAUCGAAACAUUGAUUCUGCAAAACGCGAUUGACGACAUCGGUUUCAUAAACACUAUCCCAGUGCAACUGUUGGCUGUCACCUCCCAAAAUGUUCCAGAUGUUACACCUACGUUUACUGCUUUUGCUGAGGACUCCAGUACAAUUACAAUAAGUUGGAAAGACGAUGAAAAUUGGGAUGUAUCAACGUUUGGUGAAGAGUUUUACAUGUAUUACAUAUUCUACCGGGAUUUGACAAUUCCCAAUUUAAACUGGACCUCAUAUGGUACAUUGAAUAAAACAGUGACACUUCCUGACUUGAAUGCUAACACAUUGUAUGGGAUUCGUUUGGUCGUUGCAUUAAUUGACGCUAAUGGCAUUGCUUCAUCGGAAAAGAAAAUCAGAACUAAAGAAGGCGUUCCAUUCAUCGCUCCACCGAAUUUUAUUUAUCAAGAAAUGAGCCCAACCUCAAUAUAUUUGGAUUGGGGUGAGAUACCGAAAAAUGAAGUCCCAGGAACUUUGCUUGGUUAUAAAAUUGUUUAUAAAAGAUUGGAUAACAACUUAACCCGUGAAACAACAACAUCAGCUAUUAUGCUACAAAGAACGUUGAAAGGUUUAAAACCUGCUACGUUAUACCUGUUUACUAUACAUGGUUACACGGUUGCUGGUGAUGGUCCGAUUUCUUUUGUGACCCUAAAAACAGCAUUCGAUGCACCUGGAGUAGCUCCACCUAAGGUCGCUUGGGAAGAUCGAUUUUCAUCAUACCAGAUAAAAAUAAGUUGGAAUCCCAUACCAGCAGAAGAGGAAAAUGGUUAUGUAGUUGGAUAUAAGAUAAAAUACACUCUUAUACGUCAAGCAGAUAGAGAUGUGACAGUAGGUGAAAAGCCAUCAGUUAAAGAAGUUGAUCGCUUCACAUUCUCUACGUAUAUAGAUGGCUUAUCCCCUUACUCUAUGUAUAAAUUCGAAAUCUUUGCGUUUGCUAAAGAAGGGGAUGGCCCGGUAUUUACCUUUACAGCAGAAACGUGUAAAUGUCCUGAAAUACUAUAUUCCAACUUUUACUCUUUGAAACCUUUCAUACACCAAGAAAAGCAAGGCUUGCGGCAAGUGCACGGAUUUUUCCCACGGCUUCUGAAGCGGAUUCUACGAGGAGUAUGCACAAAAUGCAAGGCGUAUAAUUCUCCUGAGGUUUACUUCGACCGAACAUUUUCAGGCUCGCCAUCGGAAAAACUGAAUGCUCGCCAAAUGAAAGACAAUAUCGGAUCAACAGUGCAAUUAAGCAUGCCUGUAUAUGGCAAAUUUACAGUGAAAAAAUAUGCUGGUAUUUAUCCAUACAUAAGUAUCGUGAGAACGCAAGGAAGUGCAGCUAUUAUGUACGAUCAAAAGGUGAGAAGAUAUCAGAUGAAAGACUUGUUAAGAAAUGUAGUUGCAUCAUGGACAACCGUUGCAAUAAUGGUACUAAUGUCCAUAAUAUGUGGAUGGUUACUGUGGUUUGCUGAACAAACAUCAUCAAAUAGUGAUUUUGAAAUCCACAGUGCAUUUAAAGGAUCUUUUCAAGGAAUAUGGGCAGCGUUCGUAACAAUGUCAACUGUGGGGUAUGGGGAUUACACUCCGAGCACACGGGCAUCUAAACUGAUCACAAUAUGCUGGACAUUGAUUGGUCUGAUCACUACUAGCAUAUUCAUUGCAUCAAUAUCGACUCAUUUGGUUUCGAUUAGUUUGCGACAGGAAGCAAAAUUAUAUGGCGUCCUGACUGCUGUUAUUCCUGGGACUGCAGAGUAUAGUUUAGCUGUUGCACGAAACGCAAAGAUAUACAACGUAAGUCGACCGAUAGAUGUAUUGGAAGCUGUCAGCAAAGGCAUUGUUCCGAUUGGUCUGCUCGAUGCAUACACAGCAACUAGUUACAGUGACCACCUAAAGAAAAUGACUCUUACUGUAAAAAAAAUAUUUGACACAAACAGCGGGUAUGGAACUGUGUUGUCGGGUGGCUUGGAAAGCCUCGAAGAUGAUAUUCGCAGUUACGUUGACGCAAAUGAAGGAAGCAUUAGUGCGUUUAUUAAUAGUCAGACAAAAGUUUUAAAACCAAAUGUGACCAUUAUUGAGACUGAAUUAAUUCCAAAAGAUGAAUUGGUAGAGUUUUCAAUUUUGUUGGUGUAUGCUUUCCUUGCAAUGUGUGUGUUUGGAAUCUGUAUAUGGCUAUGCUGUCUUAAAAGAAGAAAAUUAAAGAAAAUUCAACCUCUAGCAACAAAAGAGGAAGCAACAAGAGAGGAAGUGCUGAAAACUGAACUGAUACCACGUAUCAGUAAUUUCCAUCAGAGCUUUGUCGCUAUUGUGAAAAAGAUGGAUGAGAAACAUUUUGGUGAACUAUCUCGUCUGCAAGUCUUACGAACAAACUUUAUGCGACUUAUGACAAGGCAUGGUCAUACUAAAAAGGAGGUGAAUGAUCGAUUUGAAGCAAUACGAAAAAAGCACUUGAAAAAAAUUAGAAAAAGAAAUAGAUUAAAAUAUUUAGAAACAAAUAUUUAAAAUAUUUAAUAGAUUUUGCACGUGUCAGCACUUGUAACGUCGCACGAAAGGACGUUUAUUUCCGUGACGUUUUGUUCCUUUUCUUCACUGCUAUUAAAAUUGUAUGACAAUCAGUUUGAAAAACUGAGAGAUGAUAUGUCUAUCACUUUAUUAAAAUAUAUAAAUAUUAAAAAAUAAGUUUUUAAUACGACAAUGAUAUUUGGUUGAAAGUUUUUGUCAAGAAAAUUCAGAACUAAGUUUGCAAUUGAAAUGUUUUUUUAUUAUUCAGUUGUAUGAUUAUUUUAUAAAUUUCACAUUUUAAAUGUUUUUCAAGAAGACUACACCAUGUCGGUUGUUAAAUAUGACAAGUAAUUAAUAUUACUUACAAACCCGACCCACCAAUUUUAAAUAAUUUUUCAGCAAAAAAAAAUUUAUGAAUA